GCAAUUAUAACGCGCAAAACGCAAGAAAACGUUCGAUUUCCUGUGUAUCUAAAGUUGGGUUUUAUAAAUAAACGGGAGGAAAAGGAUGAUAUCCUUCACAUCCAGCAAGGAGAAGUGAUCUUACGAUGAAUACCUCCAGCCGACAAAAGUUUCCCCUUGUCUCUCUCUUUGGUAAACUCCAUUGUCGCACUUCCCUCAACCGGAGAGGAAAGUCGAAAAACCUUCGCCCGCGUAUGAAGCGGCUGCAAACGGAGAUGGAAGAAAUAAGUCGGGAACAAAGAAAGAUCAAGGAAGAGCACAGACAACUGAGAGAAAAAUUUGAAGCCGUGGAAAUGGAAUGCGAGCAGCUUCGGAAGAAAACUAAUUUGGAAUGCGAGCAGCUUCGGAAGAAAACUAACAUGAUAAUGCAGCAGAGCAUGAGCACCAAUCGAGGGAGCAAGAGGACAUGGAAACUACAGUGGCGGAAGGGGCUAUGGCCGGAGCAACAAUCGAGGACUAUAUUUCAACCGAGGAGGUGAUGGAUAUCCCCACAUGGGAAAUAGUAGAUUAAAUUCAGAUUUUCCUGUGCUUUUGUCUUUGUUUCCAUGCACAGAGCUUGUUAGAGCCAGGUCCAACUCUCGUUAAAAUUUAUAUAUUUGAUAAUAGUAUUUUGGUUUAUAUAAAAAAAUAAAUAUUUAAAUUUAAAAAUAUAAAAAAAAAACUAUUAAAUAUGUAAUCAAGUAGGGGCCGAAUUAAAGAAUGAUAAGU